GGCGAAUGAACCGAGCCUAAUAUAUUAGUUAAUGAUAUGAAGUUGGGCAUAUGAAAGAACGGAGAUGGUGGUCCUGAGCCGGAUGUCCAAUAAGGAGGAGUCUGUUGGGGUUAUUUGGCAACCUAUGUGUAAAAACACGCGCGCACGGCCCUAUAUACACAAAAAAUAUAUUAUGGCACUGGAAACGUGUAUUGCUUUUUUAUUAGCAGAUGAGUUAGACGCUGAUGAAUACAUACAUGUAAAAGCUAAAGUACCCUUCAAAGCACGGAAAAUCAGAGAUCAUGGCAAAAACAACUACUUUAGUGACAUCGUGCCAAGUAUGUCUGCCAGGGAUUUUCAGAACUACUUCCAGCUCACGCCGACCCAAGUUGAGGAGCUGGUACGGCUGCUGCCGUCUUGUGAUUGGGCUGGCAGUACGCUGGAAGGAUGGACCAUGAUGCAUGCAGUACUGUCUAGUCUGUGGACACUGUCUACUUUGGAGUCUCAUGCUAGCAUAGCUGCCCGCUUCCAAACCAGCGAGUCCCUCAUUCACCAACAGCUGCAGGAAUUCUGUGCCCUUGUCACGGCAAACUUUUCUGAUAAGGUCCACUGGCCGAAGUGGAAGGAUGCUGAAGCCUCAGUGGCCGGAUUUUCUGCCGCUGUUGGGUUGCCGGGUACUGUGUGUGCAGUGGGUUACUGCCUGAUUCCCAUUGAGAGGCCCAUGGACGUGCCUGACUCAGAGGCAUAUCGAGUCUCUGAAAGGUCAUACUUAGUAAAUCUCAUGGCUUUCUGCAAUCACCAGGGCUGCUUUACCUACGUGUCUGCCAAGCAUCCAGGAAACUGGCAUAACUCCAGGGUCCUGCUCGACACAGAGGUGGGAAGGGCCCUACAGCAGGACCCAGUCAGCCUGCUUCGCGGGAAACACAUCAUAGGUGACUCCACUUUUCCACUUUCGGAGCACCUUCUCACACCAUUCCCAGACCAUGGAACUCUCGGUGAGAAGAAGCGGCGUUAUAAUUUAAAAGUGCAGGCCGCCCUUCAGGUGGUGCGUGGCUCCCUCCAUAGCCUGAGGUGUAGGUUCCAGCGGCUGAAGUUAUUGCAAAUGAAUUCCGUAGCCCAAACCAGCCUGGCUGUACACACGUGCUGUAUCUUGUAUAACAUGUAUUUGGAGACCAAUAAUGCUGCAUCCCUUGAGUGUAUGGAAGAGGAUUUCAUCACCCAGAUGCCUUUUCACGAGCUACCUACUGGACACUCGGGUAGUCUGGGUGGAAUAUCCAAAAGGCAGGAUGUUGCAGCAUCCCUUGGGCGAAAGCCUAAAAAAGAUGGAGGAUUGAAGCAUGAACAACUACAACAGCUUGGAAAAUAUUGGUAAAUUUAGUACAAAGUCACUUCUUUUGUGACUUGUGUUUGGCCUUAAACUGGUGGACUUUUUAUUAUGAAUGUAAUGUAUACUUUUACUACUAUACACUGCCCUCUACAGGGCAUUCUUGAUUUUACAGUGUUUCACCUUUUCUUUCACCUUUACAUGAUAUCUAGCAGAAACUUUUAAAUAAACAUUAACUAGUGAAAUAAUAACCGUAAAAGGCCAUAUUUGGAAUAUUAUGAUUAAAUUGAAGAAUUUUCCUAAUGAGAUUAACCUGCCUUACUACUUACACAAUAUUACUCGUAUUUAUGGUGAUUUUAGACACAUUUUAAGUGAUCUUACCAAGGGAAUGCUACACUGGCAGAUAGUUUUGCUUUUUGUCUAUUUUAAGAUAAUUGGUUUUACAUUGUAGUCUUUACUGGUCAUUAAUUUCAUUCAAGAUUGUUUUCAUUAUGAAAAAAAAAGGGGAAAAAAAACCAAAGGACAAAAAUGUAGAUGACCUCUUUGUCACUAAAGAACUACAGUGAAUGAUAAAUACAUUAUUUCCCUUCAGUGGCAAAAUAUAGAAGUGUAGGUCAUGACCUUUGGGAGACUCUCCUUCACUAUACUCCAUAUGAAAAUACAUGGUGGAUUUAAAACAUGCCCAAGCUACAUUGCAUGCAACAAGUCAUAUACAUUAUUAAUAAAGGGUAACAUGCAUGUUCCAGGCUGAGGCAAUGGAAUAAACCAAAAAUAUAGUGUGCAUUAAAUACUUUAGAAAAUAAUAUAGUUGGUUCACUACAACAUUUAAGAUGUUUUAGGCUUCAUCCAAGUCAUCAACUCCUUUUACUGAAAAACUAGGUACACUACUGUUGGCCAUCUUUUUUAAAUGGUUAUGUUUGAGAGCCUUAGUGUGAUCACUCUUAAAUUUUAGCUUUGUAGUGUUCAAGAAAAAACUCUU